GCUGCAGGCUCUUGCUUUGGGUCAGCAGUGCCUGCAGGACACAGACAGCCUUUUAGCACGGCCACAGGCCCCCCACGCCGCCACCAUGCCGUUCGGUAACACCCACAACAAGUACAAGCUGAACUACAAGCCCGAGGAUGAGUUCCCGGACCUCACCAAGCACAACAACCACAUGGCCAAGGUGCUGACCCUUGACCUCUACAAGAAGCUGCGGGACAAGGAGACGCCGUCUGGCUUCACCCUGGACGAUGUGAUCCAGACAGGUGUGGACAACCCAGGUCACCCCUUCAUCAUGACCGUGGGCUGUGUGGCUGGUGAUGAGGAGUCCUACUCGGUGUUCAAGGACCUCUUUGACCCCAUCAUCCAGGACCGGCACGGGGGCUACAAACCCACCGACAAGCACAAGACUGACCUCAACCAUGAGAACCUCAAGGGUGGAGACGACCUGGACCCCAACUAUGUGCUCAGCAGCCGUGUCCGCACCGGCCGAAGCAUCAAGGGUUACACGCUGCCCCCCCACUGCUCCCGAGGCGAGCGCCGGGCCGUGGAGAAACUCUCUGUGGAAGCUCUCAACAGCCUGACAGGCGAGUUCAAGGGGAAAUACUACCCUCUGAAGAGCAUGACAGAACAGGAGCAGCAGCAGCUCAUCGACGACCACUUUCUGUUUGACAAGCCCGUGUCCCCACUGCUACUGGCCUCAGGCAUGGCUCGGGACUGGCCCGAUGCCCGUGGCAUCUGGCACAAUGACAACAAGAGCUUCCUGGUGUGGGUGAACGAGGAGGAUCAUCUCCGAGUCAUCUCCAUGGAGAAAGGAGGCAACAUGAAGGAGGUUUUCCGCCGCUUCUGCGUGGGGCUGCAGAAGAUUGAGGAGAUCUUCAAGAAAGCCGGCCACCCCUUCAUGUGGAACGAGCACCUGGGCUACGUGCUCACCUGCCCAUCCAACCUGGGCACCGGGCUGCGCGGAGGCGUGCACGUAAAGCUGGCACACCUGAGCAAGCAUCCCAAGUUCGAGGAGAUCCUAAGCCGUCUGCGCCUGCAGAAGCGGGGCACAGGUGGUGUGGACACAGCUGCCGUGGGCUCAGUGUUCGACGUGUCCAACGCCGAUCGGCUGGGCUCGUCCGAGGUAGAACAAGUGCAGCUGGUGGUGGACGGUGUGAAGCUCAUGGUGGAGAUGGAGAAGAAGCUGGAAAAGGGCCAGUCCAUUGACGACAUGAUCCCCGCCCAGAAGUAGACGCCCAGCCUGCCCACGCCGCCUGCUGGAGCCCCAGCCAAAGGGAAGGCCCGGCCCACUGGAGACACGCCCCUUGACCCUUUGCCCCUCCCCUUGCCCGCGGAGGCUCACCUGUAAUGGUUCGGUCACCCCCGGGCUCUAUCCACCGUUCCUGGAGUUCCAAUUCCAACCGGAGUUUCAACCAAGGGGCUCCAUCCUGUGGGUUCUGGCCAGUGAAGAACCUCCCUCACAUCCUCCACUCUUCCCAGAGCGUCCCACGCCUCUGGAGCUCAUGCUUUUUUCUCCACUCAAAGCAACAAAUAAAAGCAAUGGUGGCCUUAA